AUGACUUGUGCAACUUUCACUUCUCUCUCUCACUUGCCCUUCGGCACGUUGGCCUGCACCGAUGGCCAGAUCGUCCGCUUCACGGCUCCUCCCACGUCCCCGCCGUUCGUCGCGGCGCCAUGGGCAGCAAGACGUCUUGGAAAGCGGGUGUUCGAGUCGAAGACCCAAUACCGGCAGUCGGUGCGGGCAGCCUACGAUGCUCAUGGGCGCCAUCGAACUCUGGGUCGCACGCUGGACGCCCACAAUCUGCGCCGGAUCCGCCUCGGGGAGGUGGACUGGGUGGACGAGCAGGAUGGGCCGUUGUCAGCUGGGAAGCGGAAGCGAUUGACGGAGGGUGUGCGGACGCUGGACGUCGGUGCGUCGGACGAGGACGAGCGGCGACUGACAUUCAAGGUGUGCACGGCGGAGGCGCGUGUUGAGUUGGGACAGGACACACGGAUAGUCAACAUUGCGGAGCUGGUGGUCUCUAUGGGCCGUCGGGACAACAGCGCCCGCCGUCGCCGACUGGCCAAGACGCCGUACGCGUGUUCGACGAGCAAGAAGAGCAAGGGCAAGAGUGGGGUCAGCGCGUCUGCCUCGGAUGUGUUCGGUCCAGUGCUUGGUGUGCUGGGCGACAUCACGAACAAGGGCGUGUCAUUCGGCGCUGUCCCUACGCCUCUCGUUCCGCUGCGUCGUCGUCGUCGUCGCUGCGCAGAACCUGUCAGUCCAUCGCCAAUUCCGCGCAUCGCCAAGCCAUGUGCCCUCGACGGCCUGCAUGCGUUCCUCUUGGCUACCCCAUCUUUUCCAGAGCAGCUCAACGGUCACCUGGAGGACGCCAAUAUGAUGCUCGAAGGAGUGACGCUGUGUGGUGACGAGAUCCCUACCGUUCUUGCCCCGGUGCCCUUUGACCUCGAUGUGAUGGACGGCUUCGACAUCCUGUUUCCACAGCCCGUCCCCACCGUCAUGGAAGUCGAUGUCUGCCCUGUCGCCGAGGCCAUUCCGCAGCCGUCUCCUUACAGAACUAUGGAUACCAAGAACACGGUAUUGGAAGGGCCUCUGCGUGCCGCGAUUGACUGUUGGAACGACAUCUUUGACGGACGUGAUGGAGGGAUGUCUCCUUGUCGGGAAUGUGUGGACGUGAAGACGAUCACAAGCGCACUGGAGGCGCUAGUAAUCUCGGAGGCCGUAAUGGAGGUUGACGAGGUGCUGAAAGAUGAUCCCGUCGACGUGGACAUGGACGUGCCUCUGGGAGCGAUGCUGACUGUUGACAUUCUCGUAGCGCCAAUCGUCGACGUCGCCAUGGAUGCUCCUGCUGUUCUCCACGACGUGAUGGUUGGUCCUCGUCAUCCUGUCCCUCCGCAUCCUGGUCCGCAAGCGCACGCAGGUCAGAUCCAAGUUGUGCCUCCGUUACCUCCAUGGUGUCUUCCCCCUUUUCUGCCGCCAUGCGAUCCGCCUGCUGGAAGUAGUCUGGCAUCGUCGCAACCACCGACGCCGCCUCCGCCUCCAUGGCAAGCAGUGACUGAAGAGCCAGAAGAGCCAGACUGGAAGGAACUGUUUGGCGAUGAUGCUGGCGAGGACCGAUCGUCUGAAGCUAAUGUACCGGAGAAGCCCGCUGCUGCUGCUGACGAUGACGACCUGGAGUCGCUCUUCGGUCCUGACCCUGACGGCUAG